CUUCUUUUUGCCAUUCUAUCUUUUUAAAAAAAAAUAUAAAACAAAUUAUUAAAUUCAUACCUCUCUCUCUCUCUCUCUCUCUCUCUCUCACACACACACACACAUCCCAUAAACGACGGAGAUGGCGGGGUGCCCACGUGCUCGUCAUAGUUUUUUCCUCGUCCGUCGGCUAUUAAUACCUCCACAUCAAUUGUUGUUUGGCUCCGUCAAUUCUUUCCUUUGAACGAUGUCGAUUGCCCUGGAGAGUAGUAACCCACGUAAUCGAAUUCAAAGGCCGGCGUUCGACCACGGCAUGCCGUGUAUUUCAAUCUACGACUCGCCGGAGCCGGCUGUGCUAGUCGCGGAUCGGGGUUUUCAGGCCGCAGGGGACUCGGAUUCGUGCAGCUCUUCUUCAAUCGGGAGGAACAGCGAUGUGUUUUGGGCGUUGUCGGAUGGCGACGACGGCGGGGAGAGUGAGGUUCAGAGUUCGUACAAGGGACCGUUGGAUACGAUGGAUGCUUUGGAGGAAGUUUUGCCGAUGAAGAAGGGCAUAUCCAAGUUCUAUUCUGGAAAGUCUAAGUCCUUCACCAGCCUUGCAGAAAUUUCAUCUUCUUCCUCCACUAAAGACCUUGCUAAACCAGAAAACGCCUACAGCAGGAAACGCAAGAACUUACUGGCACAUAAUAAUUUAUGUGAGAAAAACCACAAUUUUCCACAAAGAAGUAAUGCUGGUGGAAUGCUGAAGAAACCAGCUAACUUCAGCAGAAACAAAUUUUCUCCUGCAGAAAACAAGAGCAAUUCUGGAUGUGAUAGUAGUGGUGAAAAUUCCAGCACAAGCUCUCCAUCACCUCCUCAAUGCCUUCCUCCUCUGCACCCUCAUGGUAAAAGAUUAACCAGCAGUGGAUCAACUUCGUCACUGCCUCAACGGAGCUUCCCUUCAUGGCGGUCUUUCUCAUUGUCUGAUCUACAAAGUGUGGCUGCUGCAAGUCCCAACCUCAAUGGUUUGGUAAAUAGCAAUAGAGAUGAUUAAAAAAAUAACUACAUGGGUUCUUCUCUUUGGUUUAAUUCGGUUCUUUCUUGCACUAUGAAUCUGAAUAGUUGCAAGAUUUUCACGUUGUUGGGGUUUCCUGUCAGCGGUUUCUUGCUUUGUUUGAUAUUCUGUUCGGGCCCCUUCUACUUGCUAGGAGUAGUUUUAUAUAUUCAAUGACUGCAUUUUGAGAAAUUAUUGCAGCAGUAUGGUUUUCUC